AUGUGCAAAGAUUAUCGGGUACGGCGUGGCAAGGUUGGUGGUCAUAACCCCAAUGCAGACGAAAAUGGCGAUGACUCUGAAUCAGAGGACGAAGACAUUGGUGAUGUUUUCUUUCGUACGCUGUGGGGGGAGAGUGCUGAUGUUUCCCCCGAGGAAACAUGGGCAAAGAAUUGGAAUUUUUGA